AGUUUACUCCAAGCUCUCAAUAUGAAAACAGCUCGACAAAUUGGUGUUGCCGUGAUUUUGCAAGUGUUUGCUACUCAAGUGAUUCAGAGUAGCAAAGUGUGGCUGCCACGUGUAGAUUUUAUGGACACUGCGAACUGGAUACCAAUGAUGUUGCCUUCUUCGGAACAAACGAUCGUUUUUCCUAGUAGACUAAAUGCCCUUGUUGGCUUACCGGAGGGAAUUUUGACAGUAUCUGGGCUCAUCCUUCCACAGCAAGGUGGAUUGCUCUUCCCUGGCCAUUCGUUUUCGCUUAACGUUGUGUCCCAAGAACCGUCAUCGAUAUCUGUGGCGAUCUUCAAAGCCCCCGGCCGUACGCCAUACUAUUCUGGUGCCAACUGGGCAUCUUAUGACGAGCAACGAUCUUCACGCCAAGCACCGAACGCAGCAGUGCCACAUUCUGAGCGUGUACCGUGUCAAUAUGAAACAGUUAUUUUUGAGACGGGAAAUAGCUUGCCCAAACCAAUUGAUCUGCAGUACCACGAAUCAAUCGAAGUCAGUAACGUGCGUCUUGGGGAAACGAUCGAAGGAUUGGAAAAUUUCCGAAAUUUCAUAUUGUCCGAGCUGGGGCAAUAUUUAUUCUACAAUGCUGAAGACACACUCAUUCGACAAGGUAAAUGUAUCAGUGCUGAAAAGUGUCCUUGCCAGGAACCUCGUCAAAUGGAUGCAAUUUGCUCGAACGAGCGUUGCACUGCACCGCACUGCCUUUCGCCGAUACAGCCACCAGGACACUGUUGCCCCAUUUGUGGUAGUUUAUUUCGUAUGAACAUGGCUUCGUUCCAAGGGGUGUUUAACCUGCAAUCGUUCACGGACAAACUUCAUCGUAAGUUUGAUUCCGCGGAUGUUAAUGAAGCGGAUGUGGUGUAUCACAUUGGCAUUGAUCGGCUGCAGGGAGCGAACGUAUUGCAGCUAAUUAUCAUCGAUAAGGGCGAGUAUGGCGAAAAGAGUAUCCGGAUGAUGAACAGUCUGCGACCGUUUUUCGAGAAACAAUUUGCAUCCGGUUUUUAUAUAACGCAUGCCGGUCAACCGUAUACACCGCUGGAGGGAGAUCAAGUGUUGGCAUUUGUGCUGUUGACCUUAAUCAUCAACUCCGCUUUUUUCACAGUCCUUUACGUAUACUACUACGACAAUACUUUUCUACCACGGCUUAGAGCAGCGGUUCGCAAUCGUCAGUUCUUCACAACGCCUUUUGUAUUUGCACGUUUUCAACCCAAUAGUGAUGCAGACCGUCUUUCGGUGGACGUUAAUUUUCCCAUCGAAAGGCAGCUGCCAGCCGAAGAAUGUGAUCAAACAGUAUCUUUGGAAAGUGUGGACAAUCAUCUUGUCUCUUCGUUUAACAAUCCUAUGUAUGAAAAGUCGCCACAAACGUCGAAACCCGCUCCGGAGUUAUUCAACGAUGUGGAGCUACAUGCCAAAUAG